AUGUCCCUACCAUUUGUAGAUGUGUCGCCCUUUCUCAAAAAGGGUACCCCACCCUCACCCGCCAAAGAUACUUCGGCCAAAUCACUCUUCGACGCCUGCCACGAUGUCGGUUUCUUCUAUCUUAAAGGGCAUGGGAUUCCGAAAGAAACAUGCGAUUUGGUCCUCGACACUGUGCGAAACUGGAUGUUGACGGCUACAGACGAAGAGAAGGCUACUAUCGCUAGGAAGGAUGCCGGUGUUGGAGAUGGAGACGGAGCACGGGGGUAUCAAAAGAUUGGCGAGAAUGUAACGUUAGGGAAAAGCGACUUUCACGAGGCUAUAGACCUCUACGCCACCCACCCCUUGGCUCCACCAUCCCCGCCAUAUCAACCGCUCCACGGCCCAAAUCUUUGGCCGAAUCAUUUAUUCUCAGAUAUAUUCACUAGUUACAUUGACCAAAUCCUCCUCCUCGGCGCCGCUCUAAUGCGAUGCAUGGCCGUGGCCCUUUCCCUCCCAGAAGAUCACUUUGAACCUUUCAUAAACCCUUCCUUUUGGGUAUGCCGGGCAAUAGGGUAUCCACCGCUUACUCCUGAAGCUAUCAAAGCAAACCCUGGAGGGGUCGGUUGCGGCGCCCACUCGGAUUACGGGUGUUGGACCUUUUUGUUGACGGAUGAGACGAGAGGGGCACUGAAGGUUGAAGGGAAGGAUGGGGAAUGGAUUGAUGCAAAUCCUGUGGAGGGAUGUUAUGUGGUCAACGUAGGAGAUAUGUUGAUGCAGUGGACGAAUGGGUUGUUUAAGAGUACUGUUCACCAGGGUAAUCAUCCUCCCACCCUGGAUCUUCUACAACGGUAUGACGGUCUUAUGCUGACUUAUAUGGGCAUAGUGGUACAUUUAGGGAGCAACUAUAGAGUAUCCGUACCAGUCUUCUUCGAACCAUCCUGGGAAGCUAAAAUCAGCCCGCUAGAAGGCUGUAUAGUCAAGACCGGUGGAAAGGCGCUUUAUGGAGGAGCCACUUAUGGAGAAUACCUUUUGGGCAAAGUCGCUAGUAACUUUUAUACUGAGAAGCAAUAG